GUCGAGCCGGGUCGGGGCCUCCCAGGCGGGUCGGACCGGGCCGGGAGUUCCUGGGGGAACGGGCAGGGCAGUCCCGGAGCCGGGAAGGGUCGUCCUGUCACUGCAGGCAGCGCUGUGGAAUUUUCCAGCCUGCUAAAGGUGCGGUGGAUAUACUAGAAUGGACACAGAGGAUUUCCCUCCACCACCACCAGAAGUUCUAGAGCAUGAACCAAAAGCCGCGGGCCCGAAUGAUGAAGAGGAAGAUGAGGGAGAACAGUUUGAUUUUGAUAGUGGAGAUGAGAUACCAGAAGCAGACAGACAAGCCCUUGUGCCACCUAGUCCUGGUCCUGGAAAUUACGUAGAGCACCAAGAGGCUGGUGCUGCAGCUAAAGGAGAUGGUAAUUUAGAAAACACUGAGAAGCUGCAAACAUCAGAACCUGCUGCAGAAGGCACUCCAGCCAAAGUAAAUCCCUACUCAGUCAUUAAUAUUUCCCCAAUCCAAGAUAAGGAUCCAUCCUCAUCACCAGAACCAAGUCCUCCAGAGGAGUGUGCCAGUCCCAGCCUGUCUGGUGGAUAUUCUGUUCCUGUCCCCUGUGGAUAUGCUGUGCCAUCCAACUUACCUUUGAUAGUGCCAGCGUACUGCAGCCCUGUCAUCAUCCGCAGUGUUUCUGUAGAUGACGAAGGUACACAGUCAGCAACUGAAGAAAGUCAUUAUAAUUCUGUAAACCUGGAGGACCCUCAGAAUAGUGAAGAUAACCAGACCAAGAAAGAGGAUGAUGCCCUGGCCAAAUGGGUUGCAGAUCCUGCAAAUACAGCAUGGAUGGAAAACCCGGAUGAGGUAAUUUAUGACGAUGUGCCAAGAGAAGAUUCAGACUCUGAACCAGAGGAAAUGAUUUAUGAUGAUGUUGAAAAUGGUGAUGAUGGUGGAAACAGCUCACUGGAAUACGGGUGGAGUUCAAGUGAGUUUGAAAGCUAUGAAGAACAGAGUGAUUCUGAGUGUAAAAAUGGAAUUCCCAGCUCCUUUUUGCGAGGCAACCACAAGAGACAUCUUUCUCAUGACCUAACGCGUUUAAAGGAGCAUUAUGAAAAAAAGGUGAAAGAUUUGAUGUCAAACACUGUGGGAGCAGUAGAGAUUCAGCAACUAAAGCAAAAACAUGAGCUGAAGAUGCAAAAGCUCAUGAGAGCUGCUAGAGAAGGUACCAAAGAUGGACUUGAAAAGACAAAAGCAGCUGUGAAGAAGGGUCGUUCGUUUAUUCGGACAAAAUCUUUCAUUUCUCAAGAUCACAGAUCAUCUUGUCUGGAAGAAGAAGAGCAAAAUUUAUUUAUUGAUGUGGACUGUAUGCAUGCAGAAGCAAUUAUGACUCCUAUGCCUGAAGGAUUAUCACAGCAGCAGGUUGUGAGAAGGUAUAUUUUGGGCUCUGUAGUUGACAGUGAGAAGAAUUACGUGGAUGCUCUGAAAAGAAUCCUGGAGCAAUAUGAGAAGCCCCUUUCAGAUAUGGAACCAAAGUUGCUGAGUGAAAGAAAACUUAAGAUGGUGUUUUAUCGAAUUAAGGAAAUUCUUCAAUGCCAUUCGAUGUUUCAGAUUGCGCUGGCGAGUCGUGUCUCUGAGUGGGACUCUGUUGAAAUGAUCGGUGAUGUCUUUGUUGCUUCAUUUUCUAAAUCUAUGGUAUUGGAUGCAUACAGUGAAUAUGUAAACAACUUCAGUACAGCAGUUGGGAUUCUCAAGAAAUCUUGUGCCACCAAACCUGCCUUUUUAGACUUCUUAAAGCAGUGUCAGGAGUCAAGCCCUGAUCGCAUUACACUGUAUGGUUUAAUGAUGAAACCUAUCCAACGUUUUCCACAGUUCAUUCUACUAUUGCAGGAUAUGUUGAAGAACACUAAUAAAGGACACCCUGACAGAUUACCUCUACAGAUGGCUCUUACAGAGCUGGAGACACUGGCAGAGAAAUUAAAUGAAAGGAAAAGGGAUGCAGAUCAGCGCUGUGAAAUAAAACAAAUAGCAAAAGCAAUGAAUGAACGUUACCUGAACAAGCUACUCAGCAGUGGGAACAGAUACCUCAUACGGACUGAUGAUAUGGUUGAGACAGUUUAUAAUGACAAAGGAGAAAUUAUUAAAACCAAAGAACGGCGCCUUUUCAUGUUAAAUGAUGUGCUGAUGUGUGCAACAGUGAAUAUUCGCUCUUCCUAUGAAAGCAGUGGCACCACGACGACUGGCCAGAGGUAUUUACUGAAGUGGAGUGUACCACUGGGACAAGUGGACGUGAUAGAGUAUGGCAGCAGUGAGGGCCAAGGAGAAAACUGCAGGUUCCCACCCCAGCUCCCUGCUGAAAAUGUCAUCAUUAACUCUAAGCCAAACAAGCUCUAUAUGGGACCAGGGCAACUGUACCAUGAUCUGCAGAACCUUUUACAUGACUUGAAUGUACUUGGUCAAAUUAGCCAAUUAAUAAGCAGCCUUAAAGGAAACUAUCAGAACUUAAACCAAUCUGUAGCCCUUGACUGGACCUCAGGUUUACAAAAGCUGAUUUUGAAAAAAGAAGAUGAAAUCAGAGCAGCAGAUCGCUGUAGAAUUCAGCUGCAACUCCCAGGAAAACAGGACAAGUCUGGGCGGCCAACUUUCUUUACAGCUGUGUUCAAUACAUUUACCCCUGCCAUCAAACAGUCUUGGAUCAACAAUUUACAAAUGGCUAAACUGGCCCUUGCAGAGGAUAACCUGUUAGGUUGGUUCUGCAUAGAAGAUGAUGGGAAUCAAAUCAAAAAGGAAAAACAUCCUCUCCUUGUUAGACACAUGCCAGUGAUGAUGGCCAAGCAACAGGAGUUUAAGGUUGAAUGUGCUGCUUAUAAUCCUGAGCCAUACCUUGCUGGAGAAACAGAGUCAGAUUCCUGUGCUGUGGAACAUGGCUUUCUUUGGAUUGGCAGCUGUACUAAUCAGAUGGGCCAGGUUGCAAUAGUCUCAUUUCAAAGCUCAGGCCCCAAGGUUAUUGAGUGCUUCAAUGUGGAAUCACGGAUUCUCUGCAUGGUCUACAUACCAGAGGAGGAGAAGCUGAAAGAGCAAAACAAAGCUCCAGACUCUGAAAAUGUUCUUGCAAAAACUUCUAAUGUGCCUACUAUUUGCCUUGGCAUGGAAGAAGGAAGCAUUUCUAUUUACAAAAGUUGCCAAGGCUCAAAGAAAAUUCGACUUCAACACUUCUUCACUCCUGAGAAAUCAACUGUUAUGAGCUUAACAUACAGGUCUCAGUACUUGUUUGCUGGCUUGGUAAAUGGAAAUGUCUCAAUCUACACAAAAGCAGAAGAUGGAACAUGGAACACAGAACCUCAGAAGAUAGUUAAAUUGGGUGUUCUGCCUGUUAGAAGUCUGCUUGUGAUGGAGGAGACCAUUUGGGCUGCAUGUGGUGGACAAAUUUUUAUAAUCAGCACUGUGACGCAUUCCAUAGAGAACCACUUUGAAGCCCAUCAAGAGGAAGGGAUGGUAAUCUCUCACAUGGCUGUGGCUGGAGUGGGAGUCUGGAUUGCCUUCACAUCUGGCUCUACCCUUCGACUGUUCCACACGGAGACACUGAAACACCUCCAGGAUGUCAACAUUGCCACACCUGUUCACAAUAUGUUGCCAGGGCAGCAGCGUGUCUCUGUGACCAGCCUCCUGGUGUGCCAUGGCUUGCUGCUGGUUGGAACAAACCUGGGGAUCAUUGUAGCCUUACCAGUGCCACGCCUGCAGGGGAUUCCCAAAGUAACUGGAAGAGGAAUGGUGUCAUACCAUGCACACAAUAGCCCAGUCAAGUUUCUUGUAACAGCUACAUCUACAAACAAAAAGAACAGAAACAAACUGAGAAACAGCCUCCCUCCUGGCUCAGAACCUAGGGAUGAUGACCAAAAGAACGUUCUGCACAGCGAACAGCCGGGCUCUUCCCUCAGUAACACCCAGGACACUGCAGUUUGGCUGGGGGAUUCUGCAGGCUCCAUUGCACAAAGAAGUGACUUGUCAUCAUCCUCUGGAUCCCUGACUUUGUCUCAUGGAUCAGGUUCCCUAGAACACAGACCAGAGGACAGUAACAUUUAUGAGCUUCUGAAAGAUCAAAAUAUCUCCUUUAAAAGUAAAAGACAGAAACCUAAGAAAAUGAAAGCAAGUUCAGUAUUAGUAAUUUCUGGUGGCCAAGGACACAGAAGAGUGAACAAGAAGACCAAGCAGCAACGACAAGAUGAACUAGUGUCUUCAGUGAUGGUCUGGCAAAUCCCACUAUUAAAUAUCUAACUGAACUAAAUCCAAGGUUGUUUUUGCUAUUAAAAAAAAUGUGAUAUCCUUCUGUGGUUAAUGCCAGCUUAGAACCCAAGCAGAUAGGCUUUAUAUACCUGGGAGCAAUUUCACUAGGCUUGGAUCACAGGAUCAAGGGUGCAAGACACUCUUCAUGUACUUAGAACAUUCUGCAGUGGUAGAGUAUUGGAAAAUGUUUAGCUAUUGGUGCUGUCUUUGAUACUCAGAAAAAAAGGAAUGUUAGGGACUUGAAAAUGGUUUUAGAAUCUAUUACCUUAUUUAUACUCACAUUUAUAAAUAUCUUAAUUAUGUUCUAUAGCACUUAGGGAAGGCAAGGAAGACAUGCCAUGUCUCAUGCUGGUUUCUGCCUGCAUAAAUCAGUUGUUCCUACUUUUUCCAAAGUGACAUAUUGCAUGGAAGAGUAGAUUUUAAUAAAUUAACAGAUAUUUUAAAAUAAUAAGUAGUCUAAUGUGAGCUAGUACUAAUUUGGCAAGAAUUAUAAUAGUCUAAAACUUCAUUCCACAUACCAGAGUUUGGUUGCAACAAAACUGGCUAAAUUAAUUAAUCAGUAUUUGUUUAUUUCAACAUAGAACAUAGAUUUUUUUUAAAUACUAAUUUCUAAUGCUCAGUGUUAUUAGACAUGUUGCAGUACAAAAAUCACAUUUUCUUGGUAGGUGUGAUGUGUAUGGAACUUGGUUUUGUUAUACAGAAAGUUGCAAGGAUACAAUGGCUUUGGGCAAAUAGAAAAUACAGAUACAGAACAGCUGUGCAUUGUAGUGCUGCUAACAUCCUCCCUCUGCAACUCAAUAUCAAAGCUAAACAUGGAUUGUAACCUUUUUAAGGAGGCAUGCACAUCCAGUAAAUUAAUAAUGAAGUUAUUAAUAAGUCAUUUAUUGGGAAGAUAUAUAUACUAAUAUAGGAAUAUCUAUAGGAAGUAAUAUCUAUAGGUAAUCACUACAAGUCUUAAAUUAGCUGAGUUGUGUUGUGUCCCCAGGCAAGCAUCUAUCAAAUACUGUCACAGUGCAACAGCAACAGCAGAGAUAUGGUCAUACCUGAGGGGCAAGCCCUUCUUUUCUCCCUGUCUCAGCAAAUCACAGGCCUGUAAAUGGGAAUUGGGAAAGUGGGGUGCACAGCUUCAUUCCCUCAGAUGGGCAAGUUGUCACUUUGGUACUGUUAAAAGGAUGAAUUCUAAGUAGGGACCUGAUCAAUGUUUUAUUCGUUAAUUGAUGUAUUUCCAAAAGAAACUUGAAUUUGGGAUUUGUACUGAAAUUGCCUGUUGCACUAAUCUCUGCACAUGUGAAAUACAAGACAAAGGCUUCAG